ACGUUACCUGGUCGGCGGCGGCGGCGCAGGCGGCAGUGCCUCGGCGACCGCAGCAUGCCGCGCGCCCUGCUCCUGCUGCUUGCGCUGGCCGCGCCCCUAGCACGGGGCGACGAGUGCCCCGCGGACCGCGCGCCCGUCGAGACCCACGAGGCGCGCCUGCACCGCGACCUGCUCUGCGACUACAGCCCCGACUUCCGCCCCGUGCGCGACCACACCACGCCCGUCACCGUCAAGGUGCGCUUCGCCCUCAAGUACAUCUCCUUCGACAGCCAGGAGGAGACGUUCACCAUCCACAGCUGGGUGGCGCUCUCCUGGACCGACCAGUUCCUCGGCUGGGAGCCGGCGCAGUACGGCGGCAUCGCCGAGACGCAGUUCGAGAGCCACGAGAUCUGGACGCCGCGCCUUGCGCUGUUUAACGCCGACGCGUCCAAGUUCAACAUGGACUCGUUCUACGUGACGUGCCUGGCGACCAGCGCGGGCGCCGUGACGUGCGUGCCGGCGCUGGCGCACCACGCCGUGUGCCGCGCCGCGCUGCGCCGCUGGCCCUACGACAAACAGAACUGCACGCUGUUCUUCGGCUCGUGGAUGCACACGGGCGAGCAGGUCAACUUCACGUUCUACCGCAACCAGCCGGUGGUGCUGGACGAGGCGCAGGACGGGCCGGGCUGGCGCCUGCUGACCGUGGCGCACCGCCGCCUGCCCGGCAACUACAACAACGCCACCUACCCCAUGCUCAAGUACACGUUCGUGCUGCAGCGCGAGUCGGCGGGGCCCGCGGCGCUGGUGGUGGCGCCGGCGGCGGCCGUGGCGCUGCUCACGCUGCUGGGCCCGCUGCUGGACGCGCGCCGCCCCGCGCGCCUCGGCCUCGCCUGCUUCACGCUGCUGGCGCACUUCACAUUCCUGUCGGAGAUCGGCUACAACCUGCCCAAGCACAGCGCGGACACGCCGGUGCUGCUGCUGUUCGCGCGCGACUCCAUGGUGCUGUCGCUGUGCGGCGUGGCGGCGGCGCUGGCGGGCGCGGCGCUGCGGGGGCGGGGCGCGGGGCGGGGGGCGGCGCCGGGCUGGCUGCGCGCGGCGGUGCGGCUCACGGCGCGCUCGCCGGCGCGCUACGUGGUGUUCACGGAGUGGGCGGCGCCGGGCGACGACCACAAGCCGCUGGAGGCCGACCUCACCGCUGCAGACGCCGCCACCGCCGCCGCCGACGACGACUGGGCGCAGUUCGCCGACUUGUUCAACAGCUUCGUCUUCUUCACCACCCUCCUCGUGUACAUCAUCCUUUUGUGCUGGUACAUACCUUACAGUGAUUAGCUCUCUCCAUAUCAUACACACGUUAGGUAGAUUGCAUUUAAAAUAUUGUAAAAUUCUUGAGUUUGAAUAAAAUUACGUCUAACAA